UGACCCCUGGUGUGUUCCAAGGCAACACCGUGUGAGUGAUACCCUAAUGGAGUAAAUGCCUAGGGUGUUUGAUUAGCUCGCGAGGCUCGCAUGUCCCUCUCUUGAAGGGUCCCCACCAAUCGGAUAUUUUGUGUCCUAUCGGGUAUCCCUUCCCAUGUUGCAUGGUUGGAAUCGGGCUAUUGUGUAUGCUAGGAAAAAGGGUUACACGGACGCGACUUCCCGUCAGUUACAGAUUGUCGUCCAUGAAUGACUCAGAGGCAACACAUCCAUAAAUUGCUUGUUAUCCUUCUUUCUUCAACUAAAAAUUUUAUUACCCCUAUGCGUCUCAGAGGAUUAUGGGGGAGUCAUCGAAACACCCUGUUGCAUUCAAGAUAGGUCAGGCCUUCCACGGCCUCGAACUUUCCGAGCAACUACCAACAUUUAUACCUGAGGAGGCCAGCGAGGAUGAUACUUCAUCAGAAUAUGUGGAUAUCGUGCACGUAAUGGGAAUCUCGCGGCCGGAACGUAUGAGCUUGGAAGCCGUCUUCGGUGAUCACUUCACCUCUCACGCGGAACGACGAGAGUUCGUAUACCAAAGCAAUGCAAGUCAUUUUCUCUUAGGAGAUCUGACUGGGUACUAUGUUGAGAAAGAGGCACUGCAACUGUUAGCUGGGUUACUCCAGUUUCGACCGUCAAGCGUAGGGAAGUCUAGUUACAGUCGAUCUAUCAUCUUUAUCGCUUAUGAGCUGGGGGCCUUGGUUGUGGAAAGAGCUGUUGCGCUUUCUGGUUCUCAUCAAACAAUUUGGACCAGUAUAUUCACCGAUACUGUGAGAUUUAUUUUCGCGGGCUGUUUCCACCGCAGGACGGAUGCCCCCUCAUUCGAUGCCCGAAUAUGGAAGUUUCUAGAGACAUACAAAACAGAAGAAUGGGGCCAUCUCAUCAGUCCAACUUCAAUCAGGGCGUUGGCGAAUACCGCCAUGGAAUCAACCGGUCUGUUUCUCAGCUCCCGCAUCACUUUGCGCACUCGGAUAAUUAGCAUCUAUGCCAAUCAGGAGACACCGGGAAGGAUCGAUUCAGUAUUUGAUGAAUCCACCGCGGUUCUAGGUAUAUGUACUGAGUUGGCUCUGCCCGAAGAACCCACCGGCGAAGCGCAUAGCCCGCUCAUCUCUAGGUUGUCUGACAUGGUCUUCAAUGGAUCUUGCAGCUGGAAUGGAUCAUCAUUGCGCAUCGCCAUUGAACGAUCUCUACUAUCAAUGGCCCUUCCGCACCGUCAGUUCCUGUCAACACGCGUCAUAGACUCACAUCCAAUUUUUAGAAGCUCAGAAUAUAAAUUGUGGAAGACAUCCAGAGGCCCCCAGAUAUUGUAUAUCCACGGUGAAGACCAACGGUUGACUACCGAGGCAGCUGAGCAGGUUAUUCUAGCAUGGCAACGGGAGCGAUUCGAUAAAAGCCUAGAUGACGCCGAAAUACACUCUUUCUCUUUCUCCCGCCAUGAUCAAGCGCGUAACUCGAUGGACGCCAUGGUUAGUACCCUUCUGGUGUACAGCUUUUCGCGCCUCGUCGAAGGCGUGCCCAACUUCACUACCUGGCUCUUGGAAAACCAGAGUUUGCUGCAGCACGGGUGGACCGCCAAGGAUCUGCAAAACAUUUUGUGCCUAAUGCUGCGAGACCACAUAGAAAGUAGAGUGUUGUGCCUACAGAAUGCUGACGAUUGUGAUACCGCCGAAAGUCGGAAGGGGUACUGGAAGGCCAUUGCCAAAGCCUAUGGCUUUACAGACAUGCGUCCCAAGCUUCUCAUAACUUCUAGGAGACCCGACGCUUUGAAGGAAGAGCUCCAGCUGAGUGCUCCUAACAUGACCCUACACUGUUACAGA